AUGAGCUCGUUCAAGUUUAUGGAUGAAAACUACGAGGAGGAUUUUAAGAGCAACUAUAAAGGUUUUCAGGACGAGGUGAAUCAGGUUCUGACGACGAACCUUUGGUUGGAGAUGCAAUGGUUUGAUUAUCGAUUGAUGUGGGAUCCAGGACGAUGGGGAAAGAUUCGAAAGUUGCAUGUUCCAGUGGAUCAGAUUUGGAUUCCUGAUAUUCUGUUAUACAAUAACGCCGACGGAGAGCCCCACAUCACAAUCAUGAGCGAUGCGAUAGUUUAUUACAACGGAUUAGUGACAACUGGAUGCGAAGUAGUGAACAAAGCGGAUGAUGAAGGAGAAUUUCAAUUUCUAGGCCGAGGAAUGGAUUUGAGUGGUUACUAUCCAAGUUUGGAAUGGGAUCUGAUGGAGUUGAAUUCAGCACGACACGAAAAGAUUUACGCCGGAUGUUGUGGUCAAGAUUUCUAUAUCGAUAUCACGUUUAAAAUUGAAAUUCGACGGAAAACGCUAUUCUACACUGUCAAUCUGAUGAUUCCGUGUAUGAUGUUCGCUAUUCUAACAUCAAUCGUAUUCUACGUUCCGCCCAUCGAGCACAAAAUGACAUUCUCCAUUUCGAUUCUCGUCACACUUACUGUAUUCUACCUUAUUUUAAUUGAUCUCGUCCCACCUACGUCACUGGUUAUUCCACUUAUUGGAAAAUAUUUGUUAUUCACCAUGUUCUUAGUUUCAAUUUCAAUUAUGCUCUCUGUCAUCUCUUUGAACUUUUAUCGAAGGGAUGGUUCUUCAUUCCCAAUGCCACACUGGAUGAAAGUGGUUUUUAUUCAUACACUUCCAAAGUACAUUUGCAUUAAAACCGCUGAUGAAGACGAUGGAAGUGAUCGAGGGUCUAGCAUAUCUGAUAUUGGUCCGUUUAUGGACUCGAGGAGGCCAUCUCCAUUUUUCAUUACUGUUAAUGAGCGGCAGCUGAAUGGAAGGCUGUCAGAGUUAAAGAAGAAAGGGAUGCAUCCGGAUCUCAUCAGAAAUAUGAUUCAAAAUGUAGAGUUUAUUGCGGAAUACUUUAAUUCUUUGAAAAAAGAAGACAAGAUCUCAGAAGACUGGUCGUACGUAGCAAAUGUUAUCGAUCGCAUUUUCCUCAUUAUUUUUUCCAUUAUGAAUGUUGUGGGCACAUGGGUAAUUCUGAUCAACUCUCCAGCCAUGUUCGAUAAUCGGACACCACUCGCAAUUAAUUCCGUGGCUCGUCCGUUAUCCGGCGACACUUUCGAACACUUUAUCAACGAGAACUUCACACAAAUCGCCUGGUGGGCGCGCACAAUUCAGAACAGCACCGCGGAAUUGAGUGACAGCGAGCUGUGUCCGAUUCUCUAUCAGUGA